AUGAAUUCAAGGGCCUCGAAGGACCUGACCUGCCUGAUGAGCAUGCACUCGAGCCAGAUCUACACCGGAAUCAAUUGGGAGAAAAAGUACAAGUCGCCGACUCCUUGGUGUAUUUCUAUCAAGGUUUUUGGAUUUUUGAGAAAAAGGAAAUGAAUAUUUUUCAGUUGACGAAGCUGCAAAUCAAGAAUUCGCAGUACAUCAAGUACAUCUGUGCGGACGAUGAGCUGACUUUCAGGAAAUGGGUCGCCGCUUUGAGGAUAGCCAAGGUGAGCAGAAUUCAGAAAAUCAGGAAUGUUCCCUAGAGAGGUUAGGAAAAAAACAGCCCUUAUUGGGAACAAAACAGUAAGCUCUAUAGGGGUGUAAUUUAAGUGAUCCCUAUAGGGACGUAGUGUCAGACCCCUCACCCGCUUAAUCUUAAGCAGUCCCUAUAGGGGUCUUUUGCUCUCAGCUCAAAAUGGGACUUCUGAAUGAUACCAUGUUUUCUAGAUGUAGUUUUUCACGCUGAUUCCAAAUCCGGCUCCAAAAAUUGCCAAUACGUCUUUGAAAAAAAAUAAUGGAAAAAUUGAGAUUGAGCACAUUUUUGGUAUAGAUCUUGUCCCUCUAGUCACGAAAAAAAAAUUCUUUUCAAGAAAAUUUGAGUCGAGAUAUGAUUUUGUUUAGAUGAGACUUGACAAUUGGAUAAUAAGACUUUUUUUAAAAAUAGUUUAACUUUGGUGAAAAAUUUUUUUGAAUGAAGGGGCGAAAUCCCUUUUUUUAAAAGGUUUAUUAAUUUUCACACUCUAAUUUUCAUUAUGAAAAAAACCUGAUUUGAUAUAGAUUUUUUUAUAAAAAAAUUAAUCCGAGCACAAUGAGAAAUUAAUAAAUCGCUUCUUUUUAUGGGGAGUUUGAAGCUGGAAAAGUCCUUAACUUUUUCAGUUCAUUUUUUCACAUCAACUUUUCACUCUUCUUACUGUUAUAAUGCACUGAACUGUAUUUUUUUCUAAACUACGUGUCAAUGAAAUCAUGGAGACUUCCAUCGAUCGAUAAAGUAACUCAGGUGAAACAGAAAACUUGGUAGAAAGCAUAAAUUUUUGAUUUUUGGAUAGUUGAAGCUGCUUUGACGCCUUCUGAGUAGAAUUCCGAGAGUUUUUAUUAAAUUUUUUUAGCAAAGAUAAGUAGAUUUUGAAACUUCACAAGGAAGGAAAUUUUACUUCAGGUUGGGAUUCCCUGAAAAUUGACCAGUACACUUCUUGACCCACCAGAUAGGGGCCUGAAAAUCCAAAAAUUUGAAUUUUUUCAGGAAUUAGGCAAAAUUUCAACGAAAAAAACUCAAAGUCCGGUGAAACCCGCCAUUUUGAGACUUGGAACCCUUAUUUCUGGAAAACUAGGAAGUUUUGCAGUUUGAGACUUUCAGGAUCUUCUUUUGGUAUAUCAAGAAGUGUUCUGGUCAAUUUUCAGAAAAAUCCCAACCGCAAAUUAAAAUGACCUCUUCGUCUAGAAACUUUGACCAGUUCUAGAGAAAAAAUAAAUGUUCAAAAAAUAGAAGUUUUCUCCAAUUUAAAGGCAUAGGGGCAGUAAAAAAUGGGGUUUCAGGUGAAAGCAGCAUCUUAUAUAGUUUUUUAUUGCGAAUCGAAUGGUGUACUCAAAAAAAUUACAGAUGUGACAACUUUAGAAGAAAAACGCGAUUUCACUUUCCCGCCUUCAAUUUUGAAAAAAGCUUUGGAUCGGUAUGCAGACAACUGUUUACAGUAGCCGUGCACGCGAUGUUGCGGACGCUUCAUUAGACUCGCAUUUUGUAUGAAAUAACCGGCUAUCUGCUUCAAAUCAAGGGUUUCUUCUCUGAAAAAAAUUGAUUAAGAAAAACCGAAAACACACAGUGAUAAUAAAGAAAAACACAAAUAAUCGCUAUCCCAAUCGAAACCUGUGUAAAAUCAUCAUUUUUUUCACCAGAAAAAAGCUUUUUGCGAUCAAAGUUUGCAAAUUAUACAUGAAUCGAAGGCUUUGGUGACGAAAAAAACUCUGGUGACAACAGAAAAAAAUUGAAAAAUUAAAAAGAAACGAAGAAAAAAAGCGAAAAAUCCGGGAGAUGGCGAAGCCUGCUGUCCAUAGAGCAACUUUACUGCAAAGCGCCCUUUUCGCGGGAACUCAAGACUUUUCCUUUCUCCGACUUUGAAUUAUUUUUUCUCCAAAACUAGGAAUUUCUGUACGUUUCCAAGUUCACCGUUCGAUUUGCAAUGAAAAGCUCUACAAAAUACUGCUUUGAACUGAAACACCGUUUUUACUGCCCCUAUGCCUUUAAAAUGAAAAAGGUCCAUUUUCAGAGCGGGAGCGACUUGCUUCUGAACUACGAACGAGCGACCGGCGUCCGACCCUGCAGACCAGCCUCGCCGACGUCGAGCAUCGCCGCCUCCGUCCAGUCGUCCAACACGACGGCUUCCUCCUCCUCGACGACGACCUCCAUCGCAGAAAUGCCGACGCGACCCCUGACCGUCGACAUGCGCGUCAUCUCGCCCUCGGUCGCGUCGACCAUGUCCAAGCCGCCGUCGCUCCCGUCGCCGUCGCAGUCCCACGCGAGCUUCUCCUCGGUCGCCAACUCCACCGUCAUCGAGUACGACGAGCAGCCGACUGGAACCAUCAAGAGGGCUCCGAUCGAUGCGUUGAGAUACGUCUCGAGGAUGUCCUCUUCGUCCACCUCGCCCACCAUUCGUCAGUUUUUCUGUUCUUGACUCAGUUCAUACGUCGGCUGGAUCCCCCUGGAUGCGGUUGACCCCCGAAGUGCGCGCUAACCCCCUUCCCCCCAAAAAAAGUGCGGCUUUCUUCAGUACAUUUUCAAAUUUUUUUAUUUUGCACUCAAAAAGCUUGGGGUGGGAUCCAGCCGAUGUACGACUCAGUUUUCAUUUUUCUCCCAAUUUAUCAGAAUCUAGUUCAUUUCUUGGAAGCAAGACUGAGUUAGAUAAUCAGAAAAUCAAAAAAAAAAAGGAGUUUUCUGAACCAAAAGGGGAAAAAUAGGAACUCCCAGACUCCAGUACAUUCACUGGUAGCUUGAAAAAAAAAGUGACGUCAUUUGGCGAAAAAAUAGCUUUGCAGGUUACUUGUUGAGCCAUUCCCAGGGCGACCAAAACUUUAAAACGCCUAAAAUUCAUAAUUUCAAGAGGAACCUGACGGCUAAAAUUGCGUUUUUUCUUGAAUUCGGUCUCAAAAGAGUAUUGUGGAAGAAUAUUUCGGAAACUUCUUUUUAUCAAGAAAUCUUCUAGAAGUCAUAUAAUAAACUCCAACGGCCGUAUUUUUGAAAAUAAUUUGGAUUUUUUUUUCAGCCCAAGAAGACACUGAUUCUGAUGAAGACUUCCCAGCACCUCCGCCGUCGUCGUUAGCGUCCAGAACUCCGGUUCAAUCGCCACAGGUACCAUUUUGUCAAUUAUUAUCUUAUAAACUAAUAAUUAUCAAUGAUAUACUUGAAAAAUUUGGAAAUAAUAAAAAGAAAUAUGAACUGGUUUAAGCCAUCCUUAAGAGCUGGAGUUAACACUUAACGUGUUCACUUCAAACACGGCGUUUUUUCGACGACGCCACUUUUUCUCCGUAAAGUUUCGUGUGUUGUGUGCAUACACUGCGCCGCUUUUGCGCAGAAAAUUGCUUUUAUGUAGAGAAAUUUCGUCUUAAAGACCUCUGGCGAUACGGCGGCCUGCGCCUUUAAUAUGCCCUCUUCACGCUCUUAGAGACGAAAUAUCUGUCUUCCCAUGACGUCACGUGGGAAGGGCGGAUAUUUUGGCUCCGCCCACCGUGUUUCUGGUUUCGCAUUUUUUUUUUUAUACUAACAAAAACGCCUUGGAAAUUUAGCUUUCAAAAAUAAAAAUUUCAAUCCAAUGAGUUUUGGCGGAAAAAAAAUGAAGAUACUGGUUCAAAAACACCUUUCAUAAAACUCAAAACUUCAGGGUCUUCCACCCCCGCCGAAGCCGGCCUACUACGCGACACCGCAGCCGGCCAGACCAGCCGCGAUAUCGCCUCUGGUCGCCCCCAAACCGUCGACCCCGCUGAUGGCCAAGAAAGCCCCACCGCCGCCGCCGAAACGAAGCGAAGCGACGAGGAUCCAGACCGUCUCCGCGACGAGUCCCCAGCCCCAGCAACACAUGUCGGACCUCGAAGCGGCUUUGGCGAGGCGACGCGAGAAAAUGGCUCAAGUUCAAUGA